AUGAUGGCAGUGAUCCAAUCACCUCGGUAUCGCUGCCGCGCUAGCCCCGGCGACCGGCGACCGGCGACUGGCGACCGGCGACCGGCGACCGGCGACCGGCGACCCAAGAGUUUAAACUUAAAUUAUUACGCUAGUGGAAGUGAUGCGACGGCGUCUUUCAGUUGCGAGGAGAACAUCAUCGAUAAGAGAGCAAGCACACACGCCGCUGUUUAUUUUGAGAUAACGGAGAGAUCUCACUGCGAC